AUGAGAACCUUUUCAAUUAUUACUUUUGUUUCUUCCGGUGUGAGCCUUGCCGCAGGCGCCACGGAACCGGCGCCCGCGAAUGGGACCGCUCCCAAAGACGCGGCUGCCCCCCAGUGCGGUGUUGAUGGUUGGGGGAGGACUACCAUCUACAAGACCUAUACUGGCAACAAUCUUGGCCUUUGCGAGGAGCUGUGCCUUGCGGAUUCCCUCUGCGAGUCUUACAGUGACGACAAGAGGGGAGUCACUGGCAAUUGCUACCUCUACAAAACUCCUGUCAAGGAUACACCUUACAGCGACUACCCGAACUGGGCAAUGUAUGAUCGACAGUGCGCUCUAGAUAAGCGUCCCAAAGGAAACAAGCUCUGUGAGGUCCCUGGCUGGGGUAGACGGACUAUCUACAAGACAUUUGCUGGCGAGAACCUUAGCCUCUGUGAGGAGCGUUGUAUCGUGGACCCGGAAUGCAAAUCAUACAGCGACGACAAGCGAGGCGCUGGGGGCAACUGCUAUCUAUACAAGACUUCUGUUGAGAACACCCCAUACGCCGACUAUCCCAACUGGGCCAUGUACGAUCGCCAAUGUGCGCUUGACAAGCGUCCCACGGGCAAGAAGCUGUGCGAAGUCCCUGGCUGGGGCCGACGCACCAUCUACAAGACUUUUGCUGGCGAGAAUCUCGGACUUUGCGAGGAGCGCUGUCUCGCAGAUCCCGACUGCAAAUCGUACAGUGACGACAAACGCGGUGCUUCAGGGAACUGCUAUCUAUACAAGACCGCUGUUGAAGACACCCCGUAUGCCGAUUACCCUAACUGGGCUAUGUACGAUAGACAAUGCGCCAUAGAUAAGCGUCCUUCAGGGGACCUCUUGUGUGGUGUGCCAGGAUGGGGUCGCCGAACCAUUUACAAGACCUUUGCUGGCGUCAACCUCGCCGGCUGCAAGACUCGCUGCCUCGCAGACCCUGAAUGCAAAUCCUACAGCGAUGAUGAGCGCGGUGUAAGCGGCAACUGUUACCUCUAUAAGACUGCCGUCAAGGAUACGCCAUAUGCUCCCUACCCCAACUGGGCCAUGUAUGAUCGCAACUGUGGCGAGAAGCCCCCAGGCGCAGGCGAGGGUGAGAAGUGCGGCAAGGACGGCAACAAUGCCAAGUGUGCCGAGGGCCUCUGCUGCUCCAAGGACAGCGUCUGCGGCAAGACAGAGAGCCAAUGUGGCGUCGGCUGCCAGAAGGACUUUGGAACUUGUCUGCCUGGUUCUGGUCCUGGCGAGAGAUGUGGCACUCAGGGCAACAACGCCAAAUGUCUUCCUAGCCUUUGCUGCUCUCAGUAUGGCUAUUGUGGAACAACUCCUGGCCAUUGUGGUACAGGUUGCCAGCCCGCCUUUGGUAACUGUACGACUGGAUCUGGCCCCGGCGAACGAUGCGGUCCUCAGGGAGGCAACCUCAAGUGCGCCACUGGCCUGUGCUGCUCUCAGUACGGUUACUGCGGGAGCUCCGACAAGAACUGUGGUACAGGCUGCCAACCUGACUUUGGUAACUGCACCAUAGGCUCUGGACCUGGUGAACGAUGUGGCCCAGAGGGAAACAACCUUAAAUGUGCCACUGGCUUAUGCUGCUCUCAGUACGGUUACUGCGGGAGCUCCGACAAGAACUGCGGCACUGGAUGCCAGCCUGACUUUGGUAAGUGCACGCCUGGUUCCGGACCUGGUGAACGCUGCGGUCCCGAGGGAAACAAUCGCAAAUGCGCUACCGGACUCUGCUGCUCUCAAUACGGCUACUGUGGUAGUUCGGACAAGAACUGUGGCUUGGGAUGUCAACCAGACUUCGGUAACUGUACCACAGGCUCCGGCCCAGGUGAGCGUUGUGGUCCAGAGGGGAAUAAUAUGAAAUGCGCUACGGGACUUUGCUGCUCUCAGUAUGGUUAUUGCGGAAGCUCUGACAAGAAUUGCGGCACAGGAUGCCUACCAGACUUUGGAAAAUGCAACUAAGGAAACGGAUAUUGAUGAUGAAUUGAGGCAAGGAUUUUUUCUUCUAUUCGUGGCUUGCGUAUUCAACAUAAGCGGCCAUGCUCUUUAUCUCUAGUUAUUUCGUUAUUCCAUAAUUUAUACCUACAUUCCUUGCAUA